GAAAUGAUGAUUCGUCUUGCUCGGAGAUCACUCUCCGCCGUCCGAUAUCUCUCGACGUCAGCGGUGGCAGAGGUUUCAAAAGCUCCAUAUCCGGCUGUAAUCACCAGCGCUACAAGGAAAAACGCCGGUGGCGGUAGGGAUACCUUAGGUCGAAGGCUUCUAAGCCUGGUUUACACAAAACGCAGCGCCGUGAUCGCCAUAAAGAAAUGGAAGGAAGAAGGGCAUCUGGUUCGCAAGUACGAGCUUAAUCGCAUAGUGCGAGAGCUUCGAAAGCUAAAACGUUACAAACAUGCCCUAGAGGUUUGUGAAUGGAUGACUUUGCAACACGAUAUCAAGUUGUUAGAAGGAGAUUACGCGGUCCAUUUAGACUUAAUCGCAAAAAUACGUGGUAUAAACAGUGCCGAGAAAUUCUUCGAAGAUCUCCCAGAUCGAAUGAAAGGUCAGCCAACUUGUACAGCCCUUCUACACACGUAUGUUCAGCAUAAAGACGCUUCAAAAGCCGAAGCUUUGACGAAAAAAAUGUCGGAAUGUGGUUUCUUGAAAUACCCUCUUCCGUUUAACCAUAUGAUCUCAUUAUACAUCUCAAACGGGCAAUUCCAGAAGGUUCCGGAAAUUCUUCACGAGUUAAAGAUGAACACUUCACCGGAUAUCGUUACUUACAAUCUAUGGUUAACGGCAUGUAACGCACAGGGCGACACUGAAACCGCAGAAAAGAUUUUUCUCGAGCUUAAGAAGACGAAGGUGAAUCCAGAUUGGGUAACAUUUAGUCUUUUAACGAGUAUGUAUAUUAAGAACUCUCGUUUUGAAGACGCGCUCUUGAGUCUUAAGGAAAUGGAGAAAAUGGUUUCAAGAAAAGUUCGUGUUGCAUAUUCUUCGGUUAUCAGUCUCUAUACGGGCCUCGGGAAAAAGGAAGACGUUCAUCGGAUAUGGAAGAAGAUGAAGUCAACCUUCCAUAAGUUAAAUGAUGCCGAAUAUAAUUGCAUGAUAUCGUCUUUGCUAAAACUUAACGAUCUCGAAGAAGCAAAGAAGUUGUAUACGGAAUGGGAGUCGGUUUCUUCGACCGGCGAUUCCCGCAUCCCGAAUUUGAUUCUUGCAGCUUACGUUAACAGAAACGAGAUGAAAAUGGCGGAAGAUUUCUUUACCAAACGGAUAGUCGAGAAAGGAAUUGUGCCGAGUUACACUUCAUGGGAGCUUCUUACAUGUGGUUAUUCACAUAUGAAUCAAAUGAAUAAAGCUUUAGAAUGCUUCAAGAAAGCUUUAGGAUCUGUGAAGAAGUGGGAUUUUGACGAAAAAAUUGUCGAAAAAGUGUACGGAAUGGUUGAAGAGCAUGGUAACGUUGAGGGUGCCGAGGAAUUGUUGACGGUUCUUCGUAAUGCGGGCCACGUAAGUACGGAAAUAUAUAAUUUGCUUCUUCGAACAUAUGCCAAAGCCGGUAAAAUGCCGAUAAUCGUAGCCGAGCGGAUGAAGAAGGACAAUGUACCAUUGAAUGAGGAAACACAUGAACUCAUUAAGAUAACAAGCAAACUGUGUGUUAGUGAUGUUUCAACAUAUGUUUCUUAGGAAUCAAAAUGUGGUCUCUCGGAAAUAAUCGAGGAUCCAUUGAAGGGCAAGUCUAGUGCCAUAGCCGUGGUAUUUCCAGCUCCAAUAGCGUAUAUUUAAGUUGUUGCUGUUAAAAAACAUGUAGCAGGUUAGGUUUGCGUACAUCUUAUACCCCAUCCUACUUUUGAGUGGGAUUUACCGGGUCAAUUGGGUCGAACAGUUGAGGAUGCACACGACAUUGUGUUAUACGAGUACUAUAUCGUGUGUUUCCUUGUUUGUUUAACCUAUUUUUCUUAUCUUGUACUCUUCGGUUAAUUGCACACACCGACAUGUAGUUUGAAUGUAGGUAGCAGAAUGUAAGGAGUACAUUGAAGUGAAGUUUUUUCAUGUUUUGGGUCUCUA